AAAAAAACAGCUGAUUCCUGUGCUGAUGGCACUGGCUUUCUUUGUGCACUGUUUUAUUUUUGGGAUAACGCAUCGACGCUCUAAUCAAAAAUUAAACAAAGAUGGCAAAGCGCCGGAGUCCAUUUUAUCUAAGUCUGAAAGCCAAAUUCUUCCUGUUCACCAUCUGCACCGGCGUGCUGCUGGCCAUCUUCGCUUAUCAAAUCGAGAAUGUCUUGCACUACGUCCGCCCUCUCUCCCGCGUGGAUGCGGUGUUCCCCUUCACUCCCCAAACGUGGACGCUUGCCCCAGAAGCCCCCUCCGACCGCAUCGAACCUUUUGUCGUCCAGGCAUCUGACGAAGUCCUCGCUGAUCUCCGCUAUCGUCUGCAGCACACGCGCUUCGGCCCGCCGUUGUCCGGUGUGAAUUUCCAGUACGGUUUCCCUUCCACUUACCUGCGCGAGGUGGUCGAUUAUUGGUUGAAUUCGUAUGACUGGAAGAAGCAGGAGAAAUUCAUCAAUCAGUAUAUUCAUUUCACAACAAAGAUCGAAGGAUUGAAUAUACAUUUUGUGAGGGCCGAGCCGAAGGAGAAAGAUGUGCGGAUUCUACCAAUCAUUCUGCUGCACGGUUGGCCCGGAUCGUUUUACGAAUUGUACAAACUGAUACCGCUGUUAACGACACCACAGAAGAGCAGUUGUGGAGUUUGGCAACAAGUGGCUUUUGAAGUUAUUAUUCCAUCGCUGCCAGGAUACGGCUUCUCACAGGCAGCACAGAAGCCAGGUUUGGAUACCGCAGCCAUGGCUAGGAUGUUCCACACCUUAAUGACGCGGCUCGGUUUCCAGAAAUAUUUUAUCCACGGCGGCGACUGGGGAAGUCUUAUCGGACGAACGAUGGCAGUAAUGUAUCCGGACAGCGUUCAUGGCCUGGAAUUGACGAUGUAUCCCAUACCGAUGAUCCCGUCGCUGCUCAAAAACGCGGUCGCUUCCUUCAUCCCAUCGUGGUUUGUCGAGCAUCACGAAGCGGAUAAGUUAUUCUUCCAUAAUGUACCGGCACUGCUGCGGGAAACCGGCUAUAUGCAUAUUCAAGCGACUAAGCCAGAUACUGUUGGCGCCGCACUUUCUGACUCUCCCGCUGGUUUGGCGGCAUACAUUAUGGAGAAAUUUUCAACCUGGACGAACGACGACAACAUCCAGCAUCCCAAGGGAAACCUGGCCAAGUAUUUCGACAUGGAUGAUUUAAUCAACAAUGUGAUGAUCUACUGGAUUUCCAACUCAAUCAUGUCAUCGCAGCGAUUAUACAAAGAAGUCUUCGCCACUGAUUACGACACGUACCUUCGUUAUCCAGUCAAAGUUCCGACUAUGCUGUCUGAUUUCUUCCAUGAACUGCGCGGAGCAAAUCCCCCAACCGAAUACGUUCGUCCAUAUUUUACCAAUUUGCUGAAGGUAUCGGCACAUUCCACCGGCGGCCAUUUUCCCGCCAUGGAACGACCGAACGAUAUUGCCGAAGACAUCCGGGCGUUGGGACUGGCGGUUAUCAAAUGUUGAAACUUGAACUUAUUGACUUAUCCCGAAAUACCACCAAAAAUGAUGUUUUUAGGUAUACUAGAAAGAAAACCAGUUUUGGUGAUUGACUUACAGCAACUGUGAUUUUGGCCCCCCUUGUUUUGGGAGUCUGUGCCUUUUAAAAGUGCAAUUUUAUUAAUUUUUUGUCAAGUUUUUUGUGGCGGAGGUUGACAACGAUUGAUCCAAGCAUUUGACAUUUGACAAGUUUUUAGAUUUUCUGCUCUCGAAUUGUAGAGUGUUCCAGUACUAAAAGUUUUGCAGUUU